UGGUGGAAAUUUUGAAGCAUAGGAUUCUGCCAAACACCUGAAUAAAGAAUUCCUUACCUGGUAUGUUAGAGAACUUACCACCACCACCAUGACGAACCAGGAAAAAUGGGCCCACCUGAGCCCCUCAGAAUUUUCUCAACUUCAGAAAUACGCUGAGUAUUCUACAAAGAAAUUAAAGGAUGUUCUUGAAGAAUUCCAUGGUAAUGGUGUGCUUGCAAAGUAUAAUCCGGAAGGGAAACAAGACAUUCUUAACCAAACAAUAGAUUUUGAAGGUUUCAAGCUAUUUAUGAAGACCUUCUUAGAAGCUGAGCUUCCCGAUGAUUUCACAGCGCACCUUUUCAUGUCCUUUAGCAACAGGUUUCCUCAUUCCAGUCCAAAUGUAAAAAGUAAGCCUGCUCUCCUUUCUGGUGGUCUGAGAAUGAACAAAGGUGCCAUCACCCCACCUCGCACCUCUCCUGCAAAUACGUGCUCCCCAGAAGUAAUCCAUCUGAAGGACAUUGUCUGUUACCUGUCUCUCCUGGAAAGGGGGCGUCCUGAGGACAAACUGGAGUUUAUGUUUCGCCUCUAUGACACAGAUGGGAAUGGCUUCCUGGACAGCUCGGAACUAGAAAACAUCAUCAGUCAGAUGAUGCAUGUUGCCGAGUACCUUGAAUGGGAUGUCACCGAACUUAAUCCAAUCCUUCAUGAAAUGAUGGAAGAAAUCGACUAUGAUCAUGACGGGACAGUUUCUCUGGAGGAAUGGAUCCAAGGAGGAAUGACAACGAUCCCACUUCUUGUGCUCCUCGGCUUGGAAAAUAACGUGAAAGAUGAUGGACAGCACGUGUGGAGACUCAAGCACUUUAACAAACCUGCCUACUGCAAUCUCUGCCUGAACAUGCUGAUCGGGGUGGGGAAGCAGGGCCUCUGCUGCUCCUUUUGUAAGUACACAGUGCACGAGCGCUGUGUGGCCAGAGCGCCUCCUUCUUGCAUCAAGACCUAUGUGAAGUCCAAGAAGAACACUGAUGUCAUGCACCAUUACUGGGUUGAAGGCAACUGCCCAACCAAGUGUGAUAAGUGCCAUAAAACAGUCAAAUGUUACCAGGGCCUCACAGGACUGCAUUGUGUUUGGUGUCACAUCACACUGCAUAAUAAAUGUGCUUCUCAUCUAAAACCCGAAUGUGACUGUGGGCCUUUGAAGGACCAUAUUUUACCACCCACAACAAUCUGUCCAGUGGUACUGCAGACUCUGCCCACUUCAGGAGGUUCAGUCCCUGAGGAGAGACAAGCAACAGUGAAAAAGGAAAAGGGUGGUUCCCAGCAGCCAAACAAAGGGACGGACAAGAACAAAAUGCAAAGAGCCAACUCAGUUACCGUGGAUGGGCAAGGCCUGCAGAUCACUCCUGUUCCUGGUACCCAUCCGCUUUUAGUUUUUGUAAACCCCAAAAGUGGUGGGAAACAAGGAGAAAGAAUUUACAGAAAAUUCCAGUAUCUACUAAAUCCUCGUCAGGUUUACAGUCUUGCUGUAAAUGGACCAAUGCCAGGGUUAAACUUUUUCCGUGAUGUUUCUGACUUCCGAGUGUUGGCCUGCGGUGGAGACGGAACCGUGGGGUGGAUUUUGGACUGCAUAGAAAAGGCUAAUGUAGUCAAGCAUCCUCCAGUUGCCAUUCUGCCUCUCGGGACCGGUAACGACCUAGCAAGAUGCCUGCGAUGGGGAGGAGGUUAUGAAGGUGAAAAUCUGAUGAAAAUCCUGAAAGACAUUGAAAACAGCACAGAAAUCAUGUUGGACAGGUGGCUGUUUGAAGUGAUACCUAAUGACAAAGAUGAGAAGGGAGACCCAGUGCCUUACAGUAUCAUCAAUAAUUACUUUUCUAUUGGCGUGGAUGCCUCCAUUGCACACAGAUUCCACAUCAUGAGAGAAAAACACCCAGAGAAAUUCAACAGUAGAAUGAAGAACAAAUUUUGGUAUUUUGAGUUUGGCACAUCUGAAACUUUCUCAGCCACCUGCAAGAAGCUACAUGAAUCUGUAGAAAUAGAAUGUGAUGGAGUACAGAUAGAUUUAAUCAACAUCUCUCUGGAAGGAAUUGCUAUUUUGAAUAUACCAAGCAUGCAUGGAGGAUCCAAUCUUUGGGGAGAAUCUAAAAAGAGAAGAAGCCACCGCCGGAUAGAGAAAAAAGGGGCAGACAAAAGGACCACACUCACAGAUGCCAAAGAGUUGAAGUUUGCAAGUCAAGAUCUGAGUGAUCAGCUGCUGGAGGUGGUUGGCUUGGAAGGAGCCAUGGAGAUGGGGCAAAUAUACACAGGACUAAAAAGUGCUGGGCGGCGGCUGGCUCAGUGCUCCUCUGUGGUCAUCAGGACUAGCAAGUCAUUGCCAAUGCAGAUCGAUGGGGAACCCUGGAUGCAGACCCCGUGCACAAUAAAAAUUACACACAAGAACCAAGCCCCAAUGCUGAUGGGCCCUCCUCCAAAAACGGGGUUGUUCUGCUCCCUCGUCCAAAGAACAAGAAACCGAAGCAAGGAAUAAUCUUGUAUUGUUUCUGUUCU